AUGAGGCCUCAGCCAAGAGGAGGUUGGGGAAGAAGGGAAAACACAGUUGGGGAGAGAGAAGGGCAGGCUGAGAGGUACCACACCAUUAGUGCUGAUGGGGAGAGGCCGCUCCAGCCCGACACUGCUGUCCUUAUGAGGCGUGUUUCCUUUUUAUUUGGAGGAAGAGAAGCAGAGGAACACGUCAUGGAGACGGGCCGAGUGGAAGGAGCCAGGGAUGGCGACAAGCAGAAGGAAGUGUGUUUUGUCCCCAUCCAGGGAAGCUUUUGUUUCAUGAGACUUACUUGCGCACGUUUGGUGGCUGCCCUGGACAUUCAUGGACUUUUGUUUUCACUCAGCUUUUGUGGUUCACGUGACACAAAGCAUGAGGACGUCACUGGGCGAGAGGGCCAGGUCACCCCAUUGCCGAGGGGCACGCCCCAGCUGUGCACCACUGGAGUGGGCUUGUCCAGUCCUCAAACACAGGGACAGAAUGUGCCCAUCUCAUGUAAGACGUGA